CGCACAGGGCGUGACGUGCUAGUUCACGACGUGAGGAACAACGACUAACUCGUCGAUGGUAUAGCAAGGGAGUCGAGAUAAGAUCAAAUAUUUGAAAAAUAGUGUAAUUGACAGUAUAUCUGUGACAGACUAAAAACAAUGAAAGUGCUGUGGGGUUUAAGUGCCCUCCUAUUGUGCUUGAACCGAGCCAAUGCCCAGACAGAUCCCUUAAUUGAAGCUGAACCUAUGGAGGUAUACAACCAGACCUCUGCUGUCCUCUCAUGCAAACUGACCGACCCCCCGUCCACAGUCAAAGGCCACUACUGGAUGAGGAACGGCAAAGUGAUCGAGUCAUCCAAGCAUAACUUGCCAACUCUCUACACCGAGCACACCUUGGCUAAAAUCGAUUCCCAUUCCGGUGGAUUGUAUGAGUGCGUCUUCCUUUCUGAGCCCGAGGUGAAAACAACCAUUGAAGUCAAAACUGCUCCCCUUGUCUCUGCCUACAAACGCUCUGAGCAUGGUAACGAGAAGGACAAGGGUGUGCUGGUGUGUAUUAGUUAUGGAUACCCACUGCCCACUGACUGGAAGUGGUACAAACUGGAGGGAGAAGAUAAGACGGCCAUCACCAACGGUACCGACAGGUAUGAGAUCAAGAGCACCCCCAACAGGACCACCCUGACCAUUGACAACCUGGACAUCGCCAUGGACAUAGGCAACUACAUUUGCGACGGCACGAGCGAGUUCGGCUCGACCUCCGACAAGGUCCACCUGCGCGUCCGCAGCCGGCUGGCCGCCCUCUGGCCCUUCCUGGGCAUAGUGGCUGAGGUCAUCAUCCUGGUCAGUAUCAUCUUCAUCUAUGAGAAGAGGAGAAAGCCUGAUGAGAUCAACGACGAUGAUGACUCAGGAUCUGCUCCCCUGAAGAGCAAUGCUAACACAGACCACAAGAACAAGGACAUCAGGCAAAGGAACUCCAACUGAGAGAAGAUGAGAGAUAUCCUGAUGAUGACCUUCCAGGAUCUAUGAGGGGCAUUGGGUUGUUGAGUGUUACGUAAUAUAGUGCGCCCUGUGAUUUUUAAACAACUUUUCAGUGUUAAUGUCUUGAGAAAUUGACUGAUUUUCCUCUAUAUUUCUCUCUGUAUUGUGCUGCCAGGGAACAUGUUUCAGUUUAAGGCCAUGGGAUUAAAAUGGCAUGGUUUUUAUUGCCGUUCUAGAAGUGAAAUCCAUUGUAAACGUUUACAUGAGAAUGAUUGGUGUUUUUUCUGUUUGUUCUUAUGACUUCCUCCACUGUGUAUAUGUAUGUAUGUAUUUAUGUAUGUGUGUGUGUGUGUGUGUAUGUAUAUAUUUAUGCAUAUAUAUAUAUAUGUAUA